AUGCUCGCCUACAUUGCGCUCGCCGAGAACGAGCCCGUGCAUCUCGUGCGCGCGCGCAUGAUCCGCAAAAUGCUGCAGCCCGCUGGCCCGCCGCCGCAGCGGGACAACGAAUGA